AUUUUCAUCUCUCUACUCCCAUUUUUUUUCACCAACUCUCAAUCAAGAAACAAAGAAAGAAAGAAAGAAAGAAAAGCAAUUAAUUAAUAAUGGAUGACAAAGUUGACAGACUCGUAAUCUUCCUAGCAAAGAGGGACGGGAUUGACAAGCUAGUCAAGACUUUCCAGUACGUAUCCAAGCUGGUCCACUGGCGCGUCGAGAAUUCCCACCCACGCGCCGCCGAUAGGGCCAAGCAAUGGGAGGUGGCGUCUGGCCUGAGCCGCAAGGCCUUCCGCACGGGCCGAUUCCUCACGGGCUUCAACGCCCUCCGCCGCAACCCGGGGCCCACCGCGACCUUCCGCGCGCUGGCCGUGCUGGCCAACGCCGGCGAGAUGGUGUACUUCUUCUUCGACCACUUCCUCUGGCUGUCGAGGGUUGGGGUUCUGGACGCCAAGCUGGCGAGGAGGAUGAGCUUCGUGUCGGCGUUCGGGGAGGCGUUUGGUUACGUGUUCUUCAUCGUGUCGGAUUAUAUAGUCAUCCGGGAUGGGAUUAGGGCGGAGAGGAGGAUUGUGGAAUCCGGGGUGGAAUCUAAGGAGGGUGACGUCAUCAGGAAAAUUAGGGCGGAUAGGGUGAUGAGAUUGAUGGGGGUGGCGGCGAAUGUGGCGGACUUGGUGAUUGCUUUGGCGGAUAUCGAGCCUAAUCCUGUGUGUAAUCACGCGGUUACUCUUGGGAUUAGUGGACUUGUUUCUGCUUGGGCUGGUUGGUAUAGAAACUGGCCCUCUUAAUCAUUAUAGAUUUUAUUUAAAGGGGAAAUUACCGUUGCCCUUCAAGUCUUGCACCGAUUUCACAUUUGAUCUCCCAUGUUCACAAAGCACACAUUUGGUCGCUCGUGUUUGAGUAAUUUAACACUUUUGAAGUUUGAUGAUUUUCGUUUAUUUACCGUUAGUCCGUUAGUUAAGGAAGUGAUGGGCGAGCGCUUCAUUCUGUUAGUUUUAACGGGAUAUUUGACGAAAAGUACUAAAAGUUAUGAGUUUUUGAAA